CUCAUUACGGUCUUCAGUCUGUCACCACGCGCCAGCGGGGAAAGUGCCAAAUCGGGCGGGAGGCUGGGAAAACGAUAUAGUUGUGUCGAAGAAUAGUCUUGUGGUCACGAUCGAUGCCGCGUGUUUGUCAGAAUGUGAGGAAGGAUUUCGUGUACGGGGGAAAUCCAGUGGAUGAAUGAUCGCGUCCCCCCUUUUUUUUUCACGAAUGCGUGUUUUUUAUUUCCGAAGCUGACAGUGAAGUAAUUGGACAUGAGAAGACGUCUUUGGGAUGCGUCAGUGAGCGUUUACGUUCUUCUGAUCGUUCUCUUGAUUGGCUGCAUUUAUGACUGUCAUGGAGUCCGUUAUCGUGACUUCGUCGUGCCCCAAGAGGUGCGAUCAGGAAGAAACGCCACCCUCGAGUGUCAGGUUGACACUUGGCCGAAGCCACUGUAUUCUUUAGCCUGGUGGAAGGACGGAGCCCAGUUCUACCGAGUAGCCGUUACCAAGAGCUACCAUCAAGUCGAGGUGACAGCUCACCCGCUGUCGUCUUCUAAUAUUAACUUUGCCAAGCUCUUUCCCUUGCCUGACGUCAAAGUGGAGGUAGGACGUCGCAUGGGGGAGGUGGUCCUGCUAGAAGUCGGCGUCUCAGCUUCGGGGACAUAUACGUGCGAAGUCGUCACGGACUUCCCAACCUUUUCCCAGAACCUGCUGUCGUCCAACCUCACCGUCGUGGAACCUCCAGCUACGAAACCCAUCAUUUCAGGGUUUAAGGGGCGCUACUACCCAGGGGAGGUCCUCGCGCCAAACUGCACGAUUCUGAGGACCCACCCCGUACCAGCCAUCUCCUGGUUCGUCAAUGGAAACCAGGUGAGCGGCGACAUCAUUGAAGUCAGGUCAAACCCUGACAUGACCCUCACUGUCGUCGGUCGACUGAUUCUGCGUCUCCACAAGCACCAUUUUCAAGAUGGCGUCUUCAACCUCACGUGUGGAGCCCUGGUGGGAGAAAACCUCUGGAGCGCAACAUCGAUCACAGCCCGGCACGCCCAUCCCCACAGGCCGAAAGAAGUCCAUCUCAACUCCAUCUUCAACCACCACGAUAGGAGUAAGUUGGAUGGGACCAGGAGCAUCAAUUCGGUGGACAUGGAGCUCAGUCGUCCUUAUCAGCGACUGCACUCGGGCGGCUCUUCCCUUCAAACAUCGAUUUGCAAAGGUUGCUAUAUCUUGGCAACCUCUCUUUCGUCAGCGAUUCUCUUGAGAGGAUAAAUAGAAUACGGGAGGUCGGGAGGCAUUCCUCAAGGGAAGUAGUUACCAUCCCAUCUAACCUAUAUUUUCUAUGUUAAAACUGUGGAAUUCUUCGCUCUCCUUUGUAUUUCGCGGACAAUUUGUCUUGCCUCUCUUCGCAAGAAGCGUGUUUUAAAGCACUUAGAAAGAAAAAUCCUUCAUAAUUUUCUUACAGUUACCAGGUUUGUAUUGGGCACUUAUAGUUGUUUCAGUUCCUUCGUUUUAUGAAUAUAUAUUAUA